AUGCGGCAAAGGUUUGCCAGGCCAGAUGAAGCAGGGCCCUCUAACCAGGCCCAGGAAACUAAUGCGCCGGAGCCGGCGCGGGGCAGCGGGGGCAAAGGGCCCAUGAAAAAGCCUCCCAAGUUGAACAAACACCUAGACAAGCUGAAGCAAAAGCGCAAUAAGCUUGAGGAAUCUCGGAAGGCGGCGGCUGCAGGAAAGGGAAAGCAACCCGUGGCGGGUGAAAAGAGAGGCCGGGACGUGGCAGUGAAAAACCCGCCUACCCCCACUCAGGAGCCGCCCGCCAAGAAGCGCUACAAGGCGCGCCUCCCCAGUCCCUCAAGGAGAUCAGGAAGUACCAGAGAACCGGCGCCCUUCUCAUUCGCCGCUUGCCUUUCAACCACUGCUACAGAGGACUACUCCUCCAACGUCCUCGAAGACGCCAACUUUGCAGCGGUGCACGCCAAGCGGGUCACUUUGCAACCCAAGGACAUCAAGCUUGCACGGCGCAUCCGGGGAGAUCUUCCCGGAGACAAGACCGAGGUGCUAAAAUCCUCGGUGAAGUACUUUGGUGCGGGAGAAGAGCUUGCCGGCGCACCGGAGUGGGACCCUCGGCUGAGGGAGCGGAUUCCGGGCACGGGGUUCGUUCCACCCAGGGCAAAACGCAGCGGCGGUGAAGCGCGGCGCAGGGCGGAAUACGACAGGCGCGUUAGGGAAUUCCUCAAGGGGCAGCAGGAGACCCUUGUUGAGUCGGAGCCCGAGGAGGAGGAGGAGGACGAGACGGCAGCUGCAGCGGAAAGGGUGAGGGUGCUCGAGGCGGAAGUGGAGGAGAAGGCAAGGAAGAAGGCGUUGAAAGAGGCCCGGGAGCAGGAGAAGCGAGUGGCAGCGGAGAGGGCCCGGGAGUUGGCCGAGAACCGGGAGCCCGUGCGCGAGGAGAAGCUCGCUCAGGGGAGGGGGGAAGCUGAAGUGGAGCUCGAGGCGGCGCUCCUAGUCGCGGAAGGGUAG